AUGAUAGUUACUCAACAUCUUCCUGUAGACUUAUUACGUUCACUACAGUUGAUACGACAACUUGAUGAUGAGAGCUCAAUUUGUAUAAAUCAACUGGACGAACUUGCUUUAACAGUAUCAACUGCUGAACCAGAAAAAUAUGUUCAGAUGGCUCGAUUAUUGAAAAUAUCUACACAAAACCGUUCCAUAGCAUUAACAGAAACAUGCAGACUUCAUAAAACAGUCGAACGACACCUUGAUGCCAUUGAACAAACAUUACAAAGCCUACAAGAAGCAUUAGUAGAAAAUCAACAAGUAAAAGAACUGGAAAUCAUAAAUAAAGAAAAAUUGAAAACUAAAAAAAAACAUCGUAAUAUUUCAAAAGAGCCAAGAUAUUGUUUUUGUAAUCAAAUUUCAUAUGGACGAAUGAUUGCAUGUGAUAAUGAUAAAUGUAAAAGAGAAUGGUUUCAUUGGGAUUGCGUGUCUAUCACUUCGGUACCUAAAGGCAAAUGGACAUGUUCAGAUGAAUGUGCAUCUUCUAUUGGUCUCAAAAAAAAGAAAAAAUCCUAG